AUGGCCGAUCCGGUGAGGGGCGGACCAGACAUCGGGACCGGAGGACGGGACCUGAAGGCGGGAGACCGGACCGGAGGACGGGACCUGAAGGCGGGAGACCGGACCGGAGGAAGGGACCUAAAAGCGGUACGGACAGACGGACAAGGAGACGCAAGGGUGUGUGGGACCAGAGAUCCUAUCCCUUCAGUGCCUGCAAACAAUGAGGGUACAGACUCUUCUCUGGGAAGCGGAGGUACCACGUGUGUUGCCCAGAGCCCUCAAUCAUCUGGAACAUAUGAGAACUGCAAUGGUUUUGGUACAGGACCACGCUGCAUUAGCCCAGACACGCACACAUCAGGCUUCUCUAGCUCAGCCUUUUCUGCCACUUCUGCCUCUGCCAUAUCUGGGUAUUCUGGAUGUCGAGAAACAGGAGGAAUUUUGUCACCAAACUUGUCAUUCAAAGCCACAGAUUUCCUGAUCAACCCUCUAGACCCACAGAAUGCUGACAACAUUUCUGUCAAGAUUGCAGAUCUGGGGAAUGCCUGUUGGGUGCACAAACAUUUCACUGAUGAUAUUCAGACACGGCAAUACCGAGCCGUGGAGGUGUUGAUUGGUGCUGCCUAUGGACCUCCUGCUGAUAUUUGGAGCACUGCUUGUAUGGCCUUUGAGCUGGCAACAGGAGAUUACUUGUUUGAGCCUCACUCAGGUGAAGAAUACACACGUGAUGAAGAUCACAUUGCACACAUCAUUGAGCUUCUUGAAGAUAUCCCUCCACACUUUGCACUGUCAGGCCGUUACUCCCGAGAGUAUUUUACACGUAGAGGGGAGCUUCGGCAUAUACACAACCUAAAACACUGGGGCCUGUUUGAUAUCUUGGUGGAGAAGUAUGAGUGGUCAUUGGAAGAAGCCACUCAGUUUUCAGACUUUCUAUUGCCUAUGUUAGAGUUUAUUCCAGAAAAAAGGGCCACAGCCACUCAGUGCCUGCAGCACCCCUGGCUUAACUCCUAACUGUAACCAUGUGUUUACUUUAUCGGUGUCAAAGCUAAUAACUAUUGGCGAGCAACAAUGUCAUAAAGAGAACUGCUUCUAGAGAUGUUACUACUGUUUCAAUUAUUUUAUAUGACUUACAGUUAGUGGGUAUGAGUGAGGAAUAUCGUAUGAACUCAAACAAA